UCAGAAGGUAGAAAUAUCCCCACUUCCUGUUGUGACUUUUUUCAACGAUGUUGGCAGGUUACAAUGCGGUUUUUCAAACUUUAUUGGGUACACUCUUCACCUGGGGACUGACAGCAGCAGGGGCUGCUCUAGUAUUUGUAUUUCACAGCAGUCAGAGAAAAGUUCUGGAUGCUAGUCUGGGAUUUGCAGCUGGGGUAAUGACAGCUGCCUCCUACUGGUCUCUACUUAAUCCAGCGAUAGAAAUGGCCGAGCACUCAGGGUUCUACGGAGAUAAAGGGCAGUGGGCGUUUGUCCCUGUUGCUAUUGGUUUCAUACUGGGGGCAGGAUUUGUGUAUGGAGCAGACAUCUUCAUGCCUUACUUAGGAGUUGAUGAUGCAUCAAGUCUUAUGAUGUCACUUGAUUCCAAUAUGAAGGAAGAGAAAGAUGGAAAUAUACAAAUGGAAUCUUCAACCAAUAAUUUUUAUGAUAUAAACAGGCAGCAGUCCCUUAAUCAACCUUUCCAACGUAAGCCAAUGCAGGAACAGAUUAAUAUGGACAGUCCGUACAUGUCUACGCCGCCUCCAUCCAAAUCCCAGGCCAUUAACUGGAAGAGGAUAUUGCUACUUAUCAUAGCCAUUACUAUCCAUAAUAUACCAGAAGGAUUAGCAGUUGGAGUGGGAUUUGGAGCAAUCGGAAAGUCUCCAGCUGCUACUUUUGAAAACGCAAGGAACCUAGCUAUAGGAAUUGGUAUACAGAAUUUUCCAGAAGGUUUAGCUGUUAGUCUUCCACUCAGAGGAGCAGGAAUGUCUAUAUGGAAAAGUUUCUGGUUUGGUCAGUUGAGUGGUAUGGUAGAACCAGUAGCUGGACUACUGGGAGCUAUUGCAGUAGUUAUAGCGGAGCCUAUAUUGCCUUAUGCUUUAGCCUUUGCAGCAGGUGCUAUGAUUUACGUGGUUGUGGAUGACAUCGUUCCUGAAGCACAAACCUGUGGUAAUGGGAAGAUUUCCUCAUGGGGAGCAGUCAUUGGAUUUGUGGUAAUGAUGUCCCUGGACGUGGGUUUAGGAUGACCUUAUAGGGAGCAGUCAUUAUUUGUGGUAAUGAUGUCCCUGGAUGUGGGUUUAGGAUGACCUCAUUGUUAUAAUCUUACUGCCAAUUUGACAGACAAUGAUUAUCAAUUUUGAAUAUAUUUCUGAACCUGAUGAUGUUAAAAUCAGAUAAAUAGCAGACAGUCUUACCACUUAAUGUUUUUGAAAUACGGGUGAUGGUCAUUGAGCAUUUUUUGUUUAAACCAACAGGCCUGGGAAUUGGCCUAUUUUUUAAGUGAAUGGAACCCUCAUACAAACAUACUUAAGGAUUUGCUGGAUGAGGGUCAUUUUCUGAAUUAGCAUAUGGUGUGUUUUUUUUUAUUUGAUUUCUCCAAUGAUCAAUUUUAUUUAAACCAAAGAAAAACCUGAAGGCUCUUUGAAGAAAAUUGUGUUUUCAGAGAUACAUAAAAAUGCCAAGCCUUGUUGUGCAUAUAUUGACACAAUUUCCAACUGGAAUGCAAGAUUUAAAAGAAAUACUGUUACCAUUGAAUUAUAUUGUACAAGAUUUUGAAAUGUGGGUUAAUCAAUCAAUGUUAUGUUAAUGAUAAACUUUAUUUUUAUCAGUAUGUAAAUUUUAUUGUUAAAUAAAUAUUUUUUAUGAA